CGACGGACUGCCGUGGCACGAUGGUGGGACAUGGCUGUGGGUCUCGGACAUUGGUGCUGCAAUCUCGGCUUUAUCAAAAAGCCAAUGGCACCGGUUAUUCUCGUCAAAUCAGCGAUAGUGUCUUCCAGGUUUCCAUAUUUGCGCUAGACGAACUUUUGAAUCCUCUAUGGGGGCCUCUGGGUUUGUUUUUGCCGAUGGAGAUGGACGCCCCCCUUUUUCAUAUGUUCUUUUUUACCAAGCGGCCGCCCCCUUCAUAAUUUGAAACGCAGGGUGUGAGGCUCUUCUAUCGGUCACUUUGGUCAUUCGUCAUCUCGCUGUUUGCUGGCGACAGCAGUGAUCGAGCUUGCCGGGGGUUCGACUGCAUAUAAAAACGCGCUCUAUUCAGUUCGCCAAUGAGCUUCCCGCCAUGAUGAACUUUCUUUUCAAACUCCUCUUUGCCUUCUUGUGCCUCAUUGGCACCGGGGUCUGCGCAUCCAGUCAGACCGACUGCAAUCCCCUCAAUGGCACAUGUCCAGCCGACGCUGCGCUCGGCACGGAGCACACAUGGUGGUUCAAUUCAACACUUGACGACACGUUAUGGAACAUGACCACCGGCGACAUCGACUACACGAGCACCGGAGCCGACUUUUCAAUCAAAACCGAAAAUGCAUCCACCCUUUUGGUCUCCAACUUCUACAUUUUCUUCGGCGUGAUGGAGGCCCACGUCAAAAUGGCAAAGGGCGCAGGAAUCAUUAGCAGCGUGAUCUUGCAAUCCGACGACCUCGACGAGAUCGACUGGGAAUGGGUGGGAUACAACACGAGUGGAGUGCAAUCGGACUUCUUCGGCAAGGGCAAUACCACGACGAGUGAUCGCGGUGGAUAUCAUGCCGUGUCGAAUGCGGACACCGAAUACCACAACUAUACCUCCUACUGGGACAAGGAUCGACUGGAAUGGUGGAUUGAUAGUAAAUUGGUGCGCACCGUCAACUAUUCGGAGCCAUUGACAGUAUAUGGCAAGAACUAUCCGCAAACCCCUUGCAGAGUCAAGAUCAGUCUCUGGCCAGUCGGUAUCAAAGGACAGAGCGUAGGAAACCUCGAAUGGGGGGGUGGUUACGUCAAUUGGACCGAUGUACCCUUCACCAUGUCCGUACAACGUGUGCGUGUCAAGGACUUCCAUUCCGGAAAGGAGUAUAAAUAUGAGGGCACAACCGGUACCUAUGAGAGUAUCGAAGUCGUCAGUGGAAACUCGACAGCCAAGCAAGAGAUUAACAAAACUCCUACAAAGACACUGGCCCAGAAGUGGGCGGGGUUGUCCGAGGGUGUUCACAUUGGUGUGUACUGCGGGGCCGCCGCAGCUGGAUUGAUCCUUGUCGGCGCAUUCGGUUGGUGGUGCGCGCGACAACGCAAGCAGGGUCGAUUGCAACGCGCUUUGGACAAUGGGCAGAAUGGUGAGGAACUCAAAAAACUGGAAGCUUAUAAGCUUCAAUGGAGGCAGAGCGAAUGGGGCCAGAAGAGCUACCAACAGGUACCUAACACCUGAAGCGCGUAUAGAUCUCGGGCGUCUUGGUUUAAUUUUACGUGGAUGGUUUGGCUUAUUCACUUUUACUGUACAAA